UCUCAUCUUUUGAAACUCGUAGGCGGAAGUUCUCAUCCUAAAAUGCGUGUCAAUUUAAGCUCAAAUAUGACAACAGUCCGCACACAAAUUGUUAAUUUCUCAUCUAUUUCCAUGAAACCAUAUUUAUUUCUUCAACAAGACUGUCCUAUACAUUUUAAAAAGAAAAAAAAACGUAAAAAAUGGCAAUUACAAAGUAAACCUUUACUUUGAAAGUAACAAGCAGGAAAACCUGGUCGUAAUCUUUGCUACCUUUACGCGGAUGCUGUGGAAAUUUGACAAUAAACAUCAUAUGCUGCCGACAGAACGAUCUCUGAAAGCCCUUUCUCUAAACUGAUCGCCCUUUGGUAAUAUCAAUGCUACAGUUACACCAAUAAGGUGUCGUUUAAGCUUUGCAUGAACUGACUGCUGUUUCGAUCGGAAGAAAUGGAGCAUAUCCGAACGCCAAAGGUGGAGCAGGUUCGCCUGCUGGACCGCUUCAGCAGCAAGUCAACGAGCGGCACGCUGUACCUAACGGCCACACACCUCAUCUUCGUGGAGAGCAGCCCCAGCAGUCCCACAUCUGCAGCACAGGAAAUAUGGGUCCUGCACCACCACAUAGCCUCGGUGGAGAAGCUGUCCCUCACCACCACGGGCUGCCCGCUGGUCAUCCAGUGCCGGAACUUCCGCGUGGUCCACUUUGUCCUCCAGCGGGAGCGCGACUGCCACGACAUCUACAGCUCCCUGCUGCGCCUGCUCCGACCCGUCGCCUAUGAGGAGCUCUAUGCGUUCUCGUACAACCCCAAGCAGAACGACCAACAGCGGGAAGAGGGCUGGCAGCUCAUUGACCUGGGGGCGGAGUAUGAGAGGAUGGGCGUCCCCUGCGACCAAUGGCAGCUCACCGACGUCAACAGAGACUUCAAGGUGUGCGAGACGUAUCCGCGGGACCUGUACGUCCCCAUCACGGCCAACAAACCCAUCAUCGUGGGGAGCUCCAAGUUUCGCAGCAAGGGCCGUUUCCCCGUGCUCACGUACUUCUACCAGGAGAAGAAGGCGGCGGUGUGCCGGUGCAGUCAGCCGCUCUCCGGCUUCAGCGCCCGCUGCCUGGAGGACGAGAGCAUGCUGCAAGCCAUCAGCAAGGCAAAUCACAACAGCCGCUUCGUCUACGUCAUGGACACCAGGCCCAAGCUCAAUGCGCUAGCCAACCGUGCGGCGGGGAAAGGCUACGAGAACGAGGACAACUACUCCAACAUCCGCUUCCAGUUCGUGGGCAUUGAGAACAUCCACGUCAUGAGGGCCAGUCUGCAGAAGUUGCUAGAAGUUAUUGGGAAUCGCUCUCUGUCCAUGAGCGACUACCUGAUGGGAAUCGAGGGCUGUGGUUGGCUACGACAUGUCAAGGCAGUGGUCGAUGCCGCCAUUUUCCUCACCAAGGCAGUGACUGUAGAGGGCGCCAGUGUACUAGUGCACUGUUCAGACGGCUGGGACAGGACAGCGCAGGUGUGCUCCCUGGGAGCCCUGCUUAUGGACCCCUACUACCGCACCAUCAAGGGCUUCAUGGUACUGAUCGAGAAAGACUGGAUCUCAUUUGGUCACAAAUUUGCAGACAGGUGUGACCAGUUGGACGGGGACCCUAAAGAGGUGUCCCCCGUCUUCACACAGUUCCUGGAGUGUGUUUGGCAGCUCACAGAGCAAUUCCCACAGGCGUUUGAGUUCAGCGAGUGGUUCCUGCUGCAGAUCCACGAGCACGUGCACUCGUGCCAGUAUGGCAACUUCCUGGGGAACAACCAGCGGCAGAGAGAGGAGCUGCAGCUGAGGGAGAAGACACACUCUCUGUGGGCCUUCCUGAUGGAAGAGCAGCAGAACUACCAAAACCCUUUCUACAGCAGCGCCUACGGGAAGACACACCCUGUUCUGGAGCCUUCUACCCUGCCCUACCACUUCAAGUUCUGGAGGAACAUGUACCAUCAGUUCGACAGGUCCAUGCACCCCCGCCAAUCCAUCCUGAAGACCAUACACACUCUGAAGGAGACGAGCCUGAAGAGCGCGCAGACUCUUCGCGCCCUGGAGAACGAGCUCCAGCAGCUUGGCGUGACCCCGGUGGUGACCUCCGCCCCGCCGCCCGCCCCGUCCCCCUCCCCUCCUCCCCCGAGCCGGGAGCAGCAGCAGCAACGCUCCCUGACCAACGCCAACCCCGCCCCCCCGCGCCCCAACUCCCUCAUCCUGGGGGCCCCCCAGGUCAGCCGCAAGGAGGCCCAGCAGGAUGAAGAGAAACAGCAGCAGCAGGAGAGGGAGGAGGAGGAGGAGGAGGAGGUGGGAGAGGAGGCCACGGAGAGCACCGACACGGACCGGACAGUAGAGGGCAGCAGCGGCACCGAUAGCAGGAAGCAGAGCUACGGCGAGCUGGAAGGGUCAUACGAGGACGGCGACGAGAUGACGAAGGAGGAGCCGGCCGUGGUCAGCCUGGAGUUCGGCAUGGCUCGGAUGACCUGCUGAGACCAACUCAAGGGGGGAUCGGGGGGACAGGCAAGAUGGAUGUGUGUGUGUGUGUGUGUGUGUGUGUGUGUGUGUGUGUGUAGGUGUAUGCGUGUGCGUGUGUGAGGGCACAUGCCCAUGUGCGCUUGUGUCGGGAAUCUUGAGUACAUGAUAACAUUGUGAUUGGGCUGACAGGCUGAGUAAGGAUGAUAGGAAGCGUACGUCGACUGUAUAGUAUAAAUCUCUAUUAUAUGCCGCAUUAUUAUGGCAUUUACUGCACUCGGACAAAUAACUUGUUUUUUUAUUCAUGUCAAAUGCACUAUAGAUAAUUAAUGAACAAAGUAAGAGAAUAAAUGAUUAUAACAAUGAUAAUAUAAAGGCAUUUCUUUUGUUUUUAUGUUAAAGUUGUAUCCGAUUUUACGUGAAGGUUUCUUGUAUUUCUUGUUACACUCGAUUAUGCAUCGGGAAAACAUUCAAAUGAUCUGGUUUCUGACUAGGCUUCAAAAUAUGUUGGCACCAGAUCGAUUAAAUUUCAAUGGCGCCAGAAAGAUUUCAUUUAGAUAAUCAAAUAAAUCCAACCUUAUCUUGUUGACAGAAAUCGACAGCAAUUUAUUAAGAAAUGACGUAACUUUAUUUCCCUAUAACUCCAACAAUAUUAUAGCCUGUCAACAGUUGACAGUUGUUUGGAGCAGUACUCGCAUUGAUUGGAUGAUCUGAUUAUUGACUCAUUGAUCCUGUAAUCCCAUUGGUUGUUAUUCUAGACAGGAGGUUGGAAGCUGGGUGUCCUGACCUUAUUUGGGGUCAAUGCUAUAGAGUCACAGGGUAAAGGUCACUGGGGACGGGGGGGGGGCUGUCCUCUACAUAUAUUGUGUUAUGGCAUGGACGUUCUUACCCGGGUCUUGAGUGACCAUUUACACAAUCUAAAAAACGACUAAAAUGAACUGUUUUAUAAGCAGCAUAAAUCACGAAAAAUAAUAAUGAUUACUUCUGAAAAUGGCUCCCUUGUUGAGAAAGCCAGUACUUUACAAAUGCCAAAUUGCCUUUCUCCUUGGGGUAGGGGUCAGGUGAUGGAUAGGAUGAUUCUCUUCAAAAAGGUUCAGAGUUUGAACCCUCUUGAACAAAGUCUAAAAGUCUACCUGUAGGCAUUCUUGAGCCUAACACUGGCUGUCCCUUAGUUCUCCUUUCCUUUGUUCUCUGCAAGUCUCUUUGGAUAAAACCGUUUGACUAACUAGUAUUUGAAGAUUGGAAAGUGCCAUGUCUCAAUCAAGAUUUGAUGUCACAUAUUGUAUUCCUUGGACACUUCAACCUCCAACAAAACUAAGACCCGACUCUCCCAAAACAACAAAUCCGUUGAGCAGAAUUAUAUCAUGUGGGGCAGACAGCCAGUAAAAGGAUGACUUCAUGUUAAACACCUUAGGGCGGGAUAGAUAUCCAAGGACACUUCACAAAGAGAUUAGUUAGAGAAAAUAUUUUUUUACCACCUCUCAUAAUAUGGUGGCUAUACUAUCAUUGUGGCAGUAGACCCUGGCCAGGGGCGUAGCCACAUGGGGGC